AUGGAGAUCUCUCCCGAACCAGCAACCAGCAAGCUGGUGCAGCAUGGAGGAGUCGAGUACAAUGUCAUCAAGGAGGGUCUGGCGCACAUUCUCAACCCAGCUGCCCAAGAGGCCGCCUCCAAGGGUACGCGCAGAGAUCUUUCCGACAAGGACGAGAGUCAAUCCGUCUUCUACAAUCCCAUCCAGCAGUUCAAUCGCGACCUCAGUGUUCUUGCCAUUCGCGCAUACAGCGAGCAUGUCGCCGAUGUCAGAAGGCAAAAAGCGGAUCAGAAAUCCAAGAGACGCUCUGCGGGCAACGGGACCACUGCCCAGGGAACCAAGCGCAAGCGCGAGGAUUCGCCUAAUGAGAAGAGCGAAAAGUCAGCACGCGCGGACGUUCCCGAGGAGACUGCUGUCACUGAUGCGUCGUUGACCGAAUCCGCGACCACUAAGCCCGAGACUGCGACAACGACAACAACGACGACGACGACGACAAGCCCUCCCUCGUCGUCUCAAUUCACGGUCCUUGAUGCGCUGUCUGCCACAGGUUUACGUGCUCUGCGAUAUGCAUCGGAGUUGCCCGUCGUGACAAAAGUGGUAGGCAACGAUCUUUCGGAAUCUGCAAUCAAGUCCAUGAAGACGAAUAUCGCCUACAACAAGCUGGAAGACCGCAUCCAGCCAAACCUUGGCGAUGCCCGUGCCUACAUGUAUCGCGCCAGCGGGGAUCCCUCCCGUAAAUUCGACGUGAUUGACCUGGACCCCUACGGCACGGCAGCUCCAUUCAUAGACGCAGCUCUGCAGGCUGUCAAGGACGGUGGUCUGUUGUGUGUCACCUGCACGGAUGCCGGUGUCUGGGCCUCGACCGGCUAUGCCGAGAAGGCAUUCUCUCUCUACGGUGGAAACCCCGUCAAGGGUCUGCAUUCGCACGAGGCUGGCCUGCGCUUGAUUUUGAACAGUCUGGCCAUGUCUGCUGCCAAGUAUGGGAUUGCAAUUGAGCCACUACUCUCACUGUCCAUCGACUUCUAUGCUCGUGUCUUUGUGCGUGUGACUCGCUCUCCAGCGCAGGUCAAAUUCCUGGCUAGCAACUCGAUGAUCGUGUAUAAUUGCGACUCGGGUUGCGGCGCAUGGUCUAUUCAGCCUCUGGCCGCAUCUCGCGAGAAGCUCGAUCGCAACGGCAACCCAGUCUACCAUUUCAAACUUGCGCAGGGACCGACGGCCAACACCUUCUGUGAGCACUGCGGACUUAAGACCCAUCUUGCCGGACCUAUGUGGGCUGGUCCGCUGCACAACCCGCAUUUUAUCCAGCGCAUAUUGGAUACUCUGCCUAAACUGGAUCCGGAGGUGUACCAGACCAUACCUCGUAUCGAGGGCAUGUUGACCACGGCCAUGGAAGAAGAUCUGGAUCUGAGUCCGACUCUGACCAAACCGAGCGCUCAGCAGCAAAACCAAAACCAAAACCAAGCCCAACCCCAACAAACAAAAGAAUCCUCCAACCCAGAAAACUCGACCCAGUCAGAACCACACCAAAACGAAUACCCAGCGAUCAUCCCCCGAAUCAACCCGGCUCUCCACGAGCCAUACCCCUUCUACUUCUCUCUCAGCGCUCUCUCCAAAGUCCUGCACUGCUCCACCGUCCCUCAAGACGAGUUCCGCGGCGCCCUUCGCUCCGUCGGAUACCGCUCAACUCGCAGCCAUGCCAAGCCCAAUUCCAUCCGCACGGAUGCCCCCUGGGCCGUCAUCUGGGAAAUCAUGCGCGAAUGGGUCCGCCAACACUCUCCCGUCAAAGAAUCCUCACUGAAACCCGGCACCGCAGGCGCGGUCAUCAUGGCCAAGAGUCGUGAGAAUCUGCGCAAAGGUCCCAUCGCCCAGCCCAAUCCCUCCGGCGAAGACCGUCAGGACCCCUGGCUCGCACAGUUAAAGAAUGACCUCCUGGCUGCUGUCCAGUCCGGCAGAGACAUCACUGACCUUGUCACCAAGGUCGAGGCCUCUCUAUACCGAUCUGGUCCCCGACAGUCUUUAGUAUCGCCGCCUCAACAGCAGCAGCAGCAAGAUUCCCCCGAAAAAGACCAACCCGUCCCAACCACUCAACCCACAUCUCAACCACAACCCUCCUCUCACCCCAGCACCCUGAACGUCAAAUUUGACGCCGCCCUCGGCCGCGAAGCCUCAGCCGCCCAUUCCAAGAAACGUCUCGUGCGGUAUCAGAUCAAUCCGCGCGCGAACUGGGGACCGCUGAAUCGAGCCGCUAUCAAGUUGCGGAGCGGUGGGGCCGACGAGAGUGCCAGUGCCGGUACCAGUGGUUGA